UCGCUCCCUCCAAGAAACCGCGUGACCGUUGAAAAGCUCCUCAGGUGAGGAGAAAAGUGCGCGCAACGCAGUGAGUCACACUGUAAUGAUCAAGACUUCCAGUGGGUCCCGCCUGCAAAAUCCACACUCUUCUUCUUCCACUGUAUUCGGAUUCAAUCGAAUUUCAUCGUCUCUUUCCCCAAUGCAAAUCUGUCUAGGGUUUCAGAAAAGAUCAUCGAACGGAAAUGUUUUUUUCCGAUCACUGUAAGUUCGUUGUCUUCCUCGUCUUCCUUCUCUCGAUCUUGGGCCUCGGGAGCUGCCACGGCCGCAUCUUCAGCUUCAAGAUGCACCACCGCUUCUCCGACCCCGUGAAGAAGUGGUCCGCCGCCGCCGGAAAACUCACGCCGGCCGAAAAUCUCCCGGCGAAGGGAAGCUUCGAGUACUACGCUGAAUUGGCCCACCGCGAUCGCUUCCUCCGUGGCCGCAACCUCGCACAGAGGGGCGGCGGCACCACUCCGCUGGCUUUCUCUGGCGGCAACUCCACUUUCAAAAUCAGCUCCUUGGGAUUUCUGCAUUACACGACAGUGCAAUUGGGAACGCCGGGAGUGAAGUUUUUGGUGGCGCUCGACACUGGGAGUGAUCUGCUUUGGGUGCCUUGCGAGGGCACAGCUUACGUUCCUGAUUUUGAGGUUAGCAAAUAUGACCCUGAAGGGUCGUCAACAAGCAAAACAGUCAGUUGCAACAGCACUUUGUGUGCACACCGUAAUAGCUGUCUAGGAACAUUCAACAAUUGCCCUUACACGGUCUCUUAUAUCUCAGCUGAAACUUCUAGCUCUGGGGUACUGGUAGAGGAUGUUCUGCACUUAACAACAGAAGAUAAUCAUCGGAAACUUGUUGAUGCAUACAUUACCUUUGGUUGUGGGCAGGUGCAAAGCGGCUCUUUCCUGGAUGUUGCUGCUCCUAAUGGGUUGCUUGGGCUCGGUAUGCAAAACAUAUCUGUUCCUAGUAUUUUAUCCCGGGAAGGCUUUACAUCAGAUUCCUUUUCCAUGUGUUUCGGACAUGAUGGGGUUGGGAGAAUUAAUUUCGGUGACAGGGGGAGUCCAGGACAGGAAGAGACCCCUUUUAAUUACAACCCAUCACAUCCAACGUAUAACAUCACCGUAACUCAAAUUCGAUUGGGGACAGAUCUUGUAGACAUCGAAUUCACAGCUAUUUUUGAUUCUGGAACAUCUUUCACAUACUUGGGUGACCCAUCUUAUUCAAAUCUUUCAGAGAGUUUCAAUUCACAGGCUCGAGAUAAGCGUCGCCCACCUGAUUCGAGGAUCCCAUUUGAAUAUUGUUAUGAUAUGAGUCCUGAUGCAAAUACUAGUUUGAUACCUAGUCUCAGUUUAACCAUGAAAGGUGGAAGCCAGUUUCCAGUCUAUGAUCCGAUCAUUAUCAUAUCCACCCAGAGUGAGCUGUUAUAUUGCCUGGCCAUUGUCAAGAGUGCGGAACUAAAUAUAAUUGGGCAAAACUUCAUGACUGGCUACCAUGUUGUGUUUGACCGAGAAAAAUUCGUUUUGGGCUGGAAGAAGUUUGACUGUUACGACGUCGAGGACCAUACUAACUUACCUUCUGAACCACACUCUAGCACUGUGCCUCCAGCUGUUGCUGCUGGGCUUGGUAACCAUUCUAAUCCGGAAUCAACGAAAAAGGCCAGGAAUAGACAGGCUUCAGUUGCAUCUCUGCCUUACCAUAGCCAUUCUUCUCUGAUUUAUUUUGUCAUGCUCCUUUUCCUACUACUGUAGCUGGUACGCGGCCGUCUUUUUUUCUGGUCAGUUACACUUCCAUAGUGUAAACCGAUUUAGAUAAUGUCCUCUUACCAUAUAUUAGAUUUAAAUCCUCUCUAAUCCGUCCCACUUUACGCUACGAUUGGGAUAAUCUUGAGCAUGCCAAGAUCGAUUCCCCCCAUAUUGUUUAGCCCUUCCUCAUGUAGCAUAGGCAUUUGCACAUUAUUGUUGUAUCUGAAUAUUUUACAGAGUUCAAGAGAUCCAGUUCGUUGAAUAGACAGUUA